AUGAUACUUCGAGAAGUUAUGGGCGAACCGGCAACCGACAAUUUUCUAGUGCCUGGUCCAACGGAUAUCAAUAGGAAGGUAUGGCCACGGGACGCCCAAGAGAGGGCCUCUAACUUGCGGUACCUUGAUGUGCAGAUAUUUGCGUCUGCUCAGGUACCCCACAAGUUCGAGGUGUGGGUAGGUCCAGCAAUGGUGGUGGCUCUGGAAACGCCGGUACACUAUGUAGUGAGAAUAGUAGCGACCGAAAAGUUGUUUCAAUUGCACGUGAAUGACUUGAAGGCAUACCGACGGCCGAUGGGCCAGCCUGAGCAUGGGGCGGCGGAGCGGUGUAUGCACGCUUCGGUAUACACGAAUUAG